CCCGUUCACAUUUCACUCGCAAACCGCCAGCAAAGCCCCCACCCACAAUGAACAGCAUAUCCCAACCCCAAUCAGCGCCGAAAGUCGCCAAAGAAAAAUCCUCCACAAAACGUCUCAUCGUCGUCCUCGAGCAAGCCUCGCUCGAAACCGUCAAGCUCGGCAAAGGCAAAGAAGGGCACUACGCCCUGCUCAACUGCGACGACCACCACCAUAUCCUCAAAAAGCACGGGAAGGAUGUCUCGGAAAGCCGCCCGGAUAUCACCCACCAGUGUCUGUUGACGCUGUUGGAUAGUCCGCUGAAUAAGGCGGGGUUGUUGCAGGUGUAUAUUCAUACGACGAAGAAUGUGUUGAUUGAGGUGAACCCGCAUGUGCGGAUACCGAGGACUUUCAAGCGGUUUUGUGGUUUGAUGGUGCAACUCCUCCACAAACUAAGCAUCCGAGCCGUCAACGGCCCCGAAAAGCUCCUAAAAGUAAUCAAAAACCCAAUCACCGACCACCUCCCACCAAAUGCCCGCAAAAUCACAAUGUCCUCAGAAGUCCCUGCCGUCCGUCUCGGGCCCUACGUCACCUCCCUCCCCUCCGACGAGCCUGUUGUCUUCUUCAUCGGCGCGAUGGCGCACGGGUCGGAUAAUUGGGUGGAUGAUAUUGUGGAUGAUAAGAUCUCGGUGUCGGAGUAUCCGUUGUCGGCGUCGGUGACGUGUGGGAAGUUGACGUGUGCGUUUGAGGAUUUGUGGAAUGUUUUGUGAAGGGACCUAUGGAGUGGGAGGGGAGGCGACUCGUGGGAAUGGGGAAGGUUCUUGGAGUUCUCAGAAGUUAGCCAUCCGUUUUUGUACAUAGCUGGGUCUUGUCUUUUUCUUUUGGAGCAUACCUUAUCUAUUUUUUCACUCGUUCAUAGAAGUAAAUAGAAAUCGUAUUUAUCGCAUUGGCUGGAAGUAAUGAUCAACGGGAGAAAGUCUUUCAUUCGGAUAUUGGACGGAUUCAGAUUCGAGGUCAAAG